GAGUGCGUGUGCGUGUUCGUGUGUCUAUGACUUUUUAUCUGCUGCUUCUCUGUUGCAAUUUGCAAAUUAAAUGGACUUCAUCUUGUGGGUUAAUAUCUUCCAACGCGAAGAUUCAGGGACCCCAUUUUUAAUUUUUCCACUUCUUCGUGAGAAUUUUGGGCUCAAUUUUUGAAAUUACCAACAGAUAUUAUUGUGGAGUCAGUUACGGCUUUUGUUUUAUUUCUUGUUCCAUCCUCUUUACUUCUCUGUCAUGCUCUCCUGCUGUUCUUUAAUUGCUUCUCUUUUUUUAUUUUUCGAGCAGUUCCUUUAAUUCAUUCCAGUCUCCUCACCAUGUCUCCACUUCCGCCUUCGAUUCUCCACUCUCACUUCUCUUCCCUAUGAUCAUCUCCUUCUUGCUUGAAUGAGAAUCCCAACAGAUUUCAGGAUUUUGGUAGCCGCACCAAAUUCCGUUCAAGAUACCUUCAAGCCUUCGGAGUUAAGAUUCUCGAGUCUCGAGGAUUCGGAUGUGUUAAUUGAGAGCUUGCCAGUGAGCUUGUGAAUUCGGAAGGAAUUGUUUCCGUCGCUUGUCUGACAAAUUGGAAAUCAGAGCAAUCGUCAGCAUCGACUUGGGAUUAUGUUGUUCGGUGGGAAAAUCUCUCGCUAAACGAUUUGCAAUCUUCGUGUGAAAUUUCUCUGACCCUUCGUGGAUAAGUGGCGCCGAUCCUGAAUCCACCUCUGCUGUGGUCCUGCACGCUUUCCCGGUGAAACGACACUGGGAACUUCUGUACUCUAUUCUUUAAAGAGAUGAUUACAUUUCUGGAGUUGAAGGAGAAAUUGAAAGACGAGGACAAAUGCUUGGAUAGUCAACUGUGGCAUGCUUGCGCCGGUGCGAUGGUACAAAUGCCCUCGUUGAACUCCAAGGUAUUUUACUUCCCUCAGGGUCACGCCGAGCAUGCAUGCGGACCUGUGGAUUUCAAGAAGUGCCGGAGGUUUCCUCUUCCGCCCUACAUUUUAUGCACAGUCGAGUCUGUUAAAUACAUGGCUGAUCCCGAGACAGAUGAGGUAUAUGCGAAACUCGGGCUUGUUCCUUUGAAUGGCAAGGAAGCUGAUUAUGAUGAGUUUGAGGACGAUGGCGUCGGAGGCGGCAACGAUGGAUCUGAAACUCAAGAUAAACUUGCUUCGUUCGCAAAAACCUUGACGCAGUCGGAUGCCAACAAUGGGGGUGGUUUUUCGGUUCCUAGAUACUGUGCAGAGACAAUUUUUCCUCGUUUGGACUUUUCUGCGGAUCCUCCUCUUCAGUAUAUUGAGGUUAAAGAUGUUCACGGGGAAUCGUGGAAGUUCAAGCACAUUUACAGAGGCACGCCGAGGCGGCAUCUUUUGACCACAGGAUGGAGUCCAUUUGUGAAUAAGAAAAAACUCGUGGCUGGGGAUUCAAUAGUAUUUUUGAGGGGACAAAACGGGGAUCUCCACGUAGGAAUUCGACGAGCUAAAAGAGGAAAUGGUCGUCGAUUCGAGUCUUCAUCAAUGUGGAAUUCAGGGAGUGAAAACUGUUCCGUACCUUUUGAUGGAUUUUCGGCCUUCUUGAAGGGUAAUGAUAGCAAAAAACUGGCGAUCAAUAAUGGUAGUGGCAAUCGAAUGAUUGGCUCAAGGGGCAGCGUGGUGGCCAGUGGGAAAGUGAGAACCGAAGCGGUUAUUGAAGCUGCGACUCUUGCUGCUAAUGGACAGCCCUUUGAGGUGGUUUACUACCCUAGAGCAAGCACCCCCGAGUUCUGUAUAAAGGCCUCCUUAGUCAAAACAGCACUGCAAAUCAGGUGGUGUUCUGGAAUGAGGUUCAAGAUGGCUUUUGAGACAGAGGAUUCUUCACGGAUAAGUUGGUUCAUGGGAACCAUAUCUUCAGUGCAGGUUGCUGAUCCUCUACUCUGGCCUGAUUCGCCUUGGAGGCUUCUCCAGGUUACAUGGGAUGAACCAGAUUUGCUUCAAAAUGUGAAACGGGUGAGCCCCUGGUUGGUUGAAUUGGUAUCCAACAUGCCUGCAAUCCCUCCACCUUUCUCACCGCCGAGGAAGAAAAUGAGGUUGUCUCAGCAUCCAGAGAUUCCACUUGAUACCAAAAUUUUUGCUAGCAACCUCUUAGGUACCACCAACAACCUCUUCGGUUAUCAUCUACCAGAAACCACUCCUGCUGGCAUGCAGGGAGCCAGGCAUGGUUUUUACGGUCUACCUUUACCCGAUCUCCACCUCGAUAAAUUGCAGUCCCCCCUAUAUUUCACUGGUCUUCCACCUCUUGGUCAUGCUUCUAUGCAAACCAGGGUCUGUUAUAACACAGCAUUGCAAAAUCAUGGCGUGAGUGAGAAUGCCUCUCACUUGAUUUCCAAGGAAACUUCUGCCCAUUCUUUGAAGGAACAGGAUGACAAGAAGACGCCUCACCUCAUGCUUUUUGGGAAAAAAAUUCUUCCCGAGAAGCAGAUAUCCCAAGUUUUCAUUCGUAAUAGUUCAUUACAUGGAAAUGCUCAUGAAGGGGCCAAUCUUUUUGAUGAUAAGCGCAAGGAAUCUGAUCGGUCCAAGUUUGACGGGGGUCACUGUUAGUUUUUUUUUUUUUUUUGAAGAAUCAGAAUUUUUGGGUCGGACUAUGAAUCAACCUCUCGUGGCUGGGAUUUAAAGAAGAACUGCAUAGGGAGAUGACAUGUUUGGAAUUUUUUAUCUGAUGAGAUGCCGAAAUGUACUUCGCCAGAUACAAAGGGUGUAGUCAAACGCACUGAAGGUGAAUGAUGGCUGCGGAUAGGGAUUUUUUUUUAUCCCUUUUUGGUAAAAUGAUGCAAGUAGGGUAAUUGUACCAUUCAUAGGAUUUAAUUUGCAUUUGGCCUGAUAGUCUGACGUGAACGUGUUCGUGGAUUCUUGAGCCACUUCAUUAAAAAAAAGAACGGCUGGGAGGUUGACCAUUUUGAUAAACUCCGGCAGUGACAGUGGAGCUAGGGGGAAUAAGAAAAUAAACUUCUAUUUUUAUUUGUACAGCGGUCGAUCAAUGAUCAUAUCCUUUAUUCUAUUAUGAGCCUUUAUAGCUUAUAGUAGCCACUUUUGAAAGGAGACAAUCUUAUCUAAUUCAAGGAUGUUUUCCUUCGGAUUUGCGUUUUAUUCGUUCUCGGGAUUAGAGGACACCUGGACUUUAGAAUCUUGAGGUGCAAUGGCAGCUCUGUUCACGUUGUAACGUUUCUCCUUGGUUUUUAACAUGGCGUUGUUGA